AACGCAUUCAGUGAUGUGGCCAAUUUGAUAAACACCGCAAAAGUCAAAAGACAAGUAAUACUACAUUUCCCGUCGGCGGCAGUGGAAAUUUUUGUAUUAAGAAUGUUUUCUGUGCUGCCCUUUUCUACAAUUUUGCUUCACGGUGUAAAUAAUAAGCCCAGAAAAGGCUUGGACUUCGUAAGCUGGUCUUCACAGAUCAAUGCAAACUUAUCAACUGCACCCGUGGAAUGCAAAGAAGCACUCCCAAAAGAUGAAACUAUCAGAUUAAGACACAAUUUAAUUGGCAAAGCUUGUGCAAUUCACUAUCAAAAUAACCCUAUAAAGAUUGUCAGAGGUCUCGGCACAUAUUUAUAUGAUGAGCAAGGCAAUAGAUAUCUAGAUUGUGUCAAUAAUGUUACACAUGUUGGCCACUGUCAUCCACAUGUUAUAAGAGCCUGUGACAAUCAGAUGAAACAACUCAACACAAACAAUCGAUUUCUACACGACAGUAUUGUUCAAUAUGCUGAGAGAAUUCUUGCUAAAUUACCUGAAAAACUUAAAGUCUGCUUCUUCACUUGUACUGGAUCAGAAGCGAACGACCUCGCGCUACGAAUGGCUAGAAUACAUACGGGACACGAGGACAUCGUUGUUUUAGACAAUGCUUACCACGGACACACGAGUCUGCUAAUGGAGUUAUCUGCAUAUAAACAAAAACAGAUGAACAAAACUUGUGAUAAGGAUUACGUUCAUGUCGUCACAACCCCAGACCCCUACCGAGGUAAAUACCGAGGGUACACGGAAGAAACGGGCGUGAAAUAUGCUAAUGAAGUAAACGAAACGGUGGAAAAUGCUCAAAAAAACGGCCGGAAGGUGGCUGCGUUUCUAGUCGAAUCAGCACAAGGAUGUGGAGGACAGAUUAUCUUUCCUGAUGGUUUUCUUAAACAUUCGUUCAAACAUAUUCGAGAGGCAGGGGGGGUUUGCAUCGCUGACGAGGUUCAGACAGGAUUUGGAAGGAUCGGUGAUAAUUUCUGGGUCUUUGAAGGACAAGAUGUUGUUCCUGAUAUUGUCACAAUGGGUAAACCGAUUGCCAAUGGUCAUCCCAUUUCUCUGGUCGUAACUACACAAGAAAUAGCAGACUCGUUCGGUUCAACUGGUGCGACCUACUUCAAUACGUUUGGUGGCAAUCCAGUAUCAUGCGAAGUCGCUCAUGCAGUGUUGGAUGUCAUUGAAGAAGAAGGGUUGCAAAAAAAUGCUUUGGAAGUUGGAAACUUCAUGUUAAAACAUCUCAAGGAAUUACAGAAAGUCCAUCCACUCAUAGGAGAUGUCAGAGGUAAAGGAUUCUACAUUGGGAUUGAACUGGUUACAGAUAGAGACAAGAGGAUUCCUGCAACAGCUGAGGCUUUGCAAGUCAAAACGAAACUGAAAGACAGGUAUAUAAUCCUGAGCGUUGAUGGUCCAGACGAGAAUGUAUUAAAAUUCAAGCCACCAAUGUGCUUCAGCCGGAUGGAUGGUGAAUUCUUAUUGAGUAACUUAAAUGAAGUAUUCAGUGAAGUUGAAGCCACAAUGAGGCGAUGACAGCGAGCAAUGAUAAAAAUUUUUUAAAAACUGGUAAUUCUAAUUGGCAAAUUGAUGUACUGGUACUUGACUAUGACUUGACAUACUUCAAGUCCAGUCAGCAUGAUAUAAUAUAACAUUAUAACUUGAGUCUGCAGAUUUUGGAUUUAAAAAAUUAAUACUAGGAAAAAUAAUUUGGAGCAUGUAACACAGGAUUUUAAUUAAUUAAUUCAUUAAUAGUACUACUAGGUGGUGCAAAAACAUAUCCCCUUACUUUGCUAGUUUACUGAAAAACCUAUCUUUAUAU